GUUUGCAAAGGCGAUGAUGCUGCAGCUGAUCUUUGUUCUCUCCACUCUGAUCUCAGUCACAGCGUCCUGUGAUGUGUUCAGAUUGGUUGGCAGUUCUGUUCAACUGGACACACAGGAACCCUUGCCGGACUUUGAUGACUUAUUCUGGCUGUUUAAAUCAGAUAAUAAUAUUCUAAACUAUGAAAAGAAAUCUAAAAAUAUUACAUACUUUUCUGAUUAUGAAGCCAGAGUGGAGUUCAAUGAGGAAACCUACAGUCUGACACUGAAGAACUUACAGAAGACUGAUAGUGGACUGUAUGAAGCAAAAGUGUCUGCUGACAAAGUCACAGUUGUUGCUAACUACACACUCUCUGUGUUGGAUCCAGUGGAGGCUCCAGUCCUGACUCACCAGCUAAGCAGAGACACCUGCAACAUCACUCUCACCUGUAGAGGUCAUGACCUCUCUAUCAGCUCCAGCUGUUACAAAGAAACCUGUGAGGAAAAGGAAGUAACAUUACCUGGAGGUGUUGCCAUUUCCCUGUCUGUCAGUGGCAGCACCAUCAUCUGUAACCAUAGCAACCCAGCCAGCUGGAAGACGGAUGUUUUGGAGUUGAAAGAACUGGAACGACUCUGUGAUGAUGGUUUAACAGUGCGUGUCGUGGUUGGCGUAGUGGUUGUCAUCAUUCUUAUUGUUGCCUUCAUCGUCAUAUAUCGCAACCAGGAGAGAUUAAGAGAAUUCUGGAGACAACGGAGAGAAUGAGACCAGGAGAGACGCAGAGCGAGCUGAACAGAACCAAGCAUGAAAAGUCAUAAGUGAUGCAGUUCCUAUUUGUUGUACAAGCUGAAAAGCUAAAGUUUGUGUUGUGGAAUAAAAAGAAUGCUGUGUGCCACCAUA